CGCAACACACCCCCCCCCCCCAAUUCCAUUCGAAGAUGGCGGGUCGCGUGCGCCAUGCUAUCGACCAGAAGGCCCUGGAGAGAUAUAUCGAUCAGAAUGUGCCGGAAAUCAAGACACCAGUUGAUCUGAAGCAGUUCGGCUUUGGGCAGUCGAAUCCGACAUACCAGAUGACGGGGGCGGACGGAAAACGCUUCGUCCUGCGCAAGAAGCCGCCCGGCACGCUCGUCUCCAAGACGGCGCACAAGGUCGAGCGCGAAUACCGCAUCAUCCACGCGCUGGAGAAGACGGACGUCCCCGUGCCCCGGACCUACUGCCUGUGCGAGGACGAGUCGGUCAUCGGCACGCCGUUCUACAUCAUGGAGUUCCUGGACGGCCGCAUCCUCGAGGACCCGGCCAUGCCCGGCGUGUCGCCCGCCGAGCGCACCGCGCUGUGGCACGCCGCCGUCGACACGCUGGCCAAGCUGCACCGGCUGCGGCCCGCCGACGUGGGGCUCGAGACGUUCGGCAAGCCGUCCGGGUUCUACAUCCGGCAGAUCCAGACGUGGCGCACCAUCUGCGCCAGCCAGGCGAGCACCCUGGACGUCGACACUAACGAGCCCGUCGGCGACAUCCCGCACUUCCAGGAGAUGGUCCGCUUCUUCCAGCAGGUGGCGAAGCAGCCGCGGGACCAGGGCACCCUGAUCCACGGCGACUACAAGAUUGACAACUUGGUGUUCCACAAGACGGAGCCGCGGGUGAUUGGCGUUCUAGACUGGGAAAUGUCCACGGUGGGCCACCCGCUCUCUGACCUGUGCAACUUCAUCACCCCUUUCUUCACGGCGAACCGCGAGGGCGUCAACGCCCACCGGGGUUUCCUCCCCAAUGCCACGCCCGGACUUCCCGCAGCGUCGCAGGUCGUGCGGUGGUAUGCCCAGAUCUCGGGCUACGACCCGUCGCGGGAGCUGAACUGGGGUAUGGCGUUCAACAUCUUCCGGUCUUCGGCCGUGUGCCAGGGUAUCGCCGCACGGCUUGCCAGGAGACAAGCGAGCAGUGAGCAGGCCAAGCGGUAUGCGGAUACCAGGGGACCGCUGGCCGAGUAUGCGUGGGAGCUGAUUGGGAAGGCUGAGCUGCCGGCCAAGCUGUGA